AGCCGAGUACACUAAUCACUGAACACCUGUUGGAAAGCAACUGGACAUAAACGGGCCGGUUUGCCUGUUGGCUAUGUGCUCUAAACGUUGGUUUAUUUCGUGGUGUUUUGACUAAAUGGAUUUGGAAAAGGUGACAGAUUUUGACAGGACACUAACUCAGCCUACACUACGAAAAAGUGGUUCAUCUGCUCUGAUGCGUAUUUGUCAGUUAUACAUCAGGAAUACAAAGACUUGUUAAUCGGAUUUGAGGUGUUGUUGGGAACUUAAAGAAGUAGCCUACUUGCCUAAAAACUGUUGGGGAAAUGUCGAAACAAACUGACCGUGUAAAGCGUCCAAUGAAUGCCUUUAUGGUUUGGUCGAGAGCCCAGAGACGGAAGAUGGCUCUUGACAACCCUAAGAUGCACAAUUCUGAGAUCAGCAAGCGGCUCGGAGGAGAGUGGAAACUUCUGUCAGACUCGGAGAAAAGACCGUUCAUCGACGAGGCCAAACGCCUCCGCGCGGUUCACAUGAAGGAACACCCGGACUACAAAUACAGACCGCGGCGCAAGCCAAAGCACUCGGUGAAGAAGCACAGCUAUCCCUGUAAUGUGGGGUAUAUCUUUGGGGAGCAGGACGCACCAAAAGGACUGCUAACGAGUCCUGAAAAGACGUGCGCAGCUGUAGCCGCCGCCAGAGCGCUCCUCAGUCACUCUGUACCAACAACCCCUUACCCUUACCUGGACAUACACUCGAAAACGUCACACCUGACGGCGACCUCAUUCACACACCACUCGCUUGGCUAUUCCCGACAUGUUGUUGCAUUUCCUAGAAUGGGAAUCCUUGGUGCCACACACAUGCACCCCUCUCCGGGCAACCCUGCUCAGACGAUGCCCUGUAACUGUCCAGCGUGGACCUCUGCUCCUCCUCCUCUAGCUUAUGUGGUUUUGCCAGGAAUGUGCAAAACUCUGCAUGAACCUUACUCUUGUUGUAGUGUGCUGUAAGGACUCUUUCACGCCAUGUGUAGGGUGCACGUAUAUUUGUAAAACAAUAUAAUAAUAAUAAUAAUAAUAAUGAUGAUGAUGAUGAUGAUGGAAUAAAAUACUGUCUGUGAGUGGUAUGUAGGAGUGU